AUGAUGAAAAGCCCAGUAGAAGAAUAUGUACAGACAGCAUCUAAGUUUAUAGAAGAUGCAGCAAAGGAUGAAAGUAUAAGGAAGAUAAUAAAUGAAAAUUUAGCAAAUCAAAUUCAAGAUUAUGAAGAAAGGAAUCUAAUAAUAGAAAAAGCUAAAGAAGAAGCUAGAAUAGAAAUUGAAAAGAAACGAGAAGAAGAGCAAGAAGGAACAAAAGGAAAUAUUGAAACUGAUCAAGACGUGUUUGAUAAAAUACAAGAUGAAGAUAUUGAAGUAAGGGCACAUGAAGAAGCUGGUGUAGAACAAAAAAGACAGGAUUAUAUAGAUACAGCUAUGGAAAAGGCAACUACAAAUGUACUAGCAGCAGGAGGAGAUCCGGUAGAGGCAAGAAAAGAAGCAGAAAUAACUGAACAAACCAUAAGGGCUGCAUAUGAUGAUGAAGAUAGUAAGAAUGAAAAAGUGAUUGAGGAUCAAUUGAGGAAUGUUAAACAUGAUAAGGAAUUUGCACCACAUGCAGCUAAGGCACAUAAAUCUGAUUUUAUGGAAACACCCUCAACAGUUGAUAGAAUAAUUGAUCAGAAUCACAUAGAGGCAGAAGAAGAAGCAAUGAAGGAAAUUAAGAAACAAACAGAUCCAAAAGAAGAAGCAGGAGUUAUUUAUGAUGUGAAAGAUAGUUCUGGAGUAGAGAAAAUAGAAAAUAGAGUAUUAAAGUUACCAAUAGAACAUCCAACACACUUUUCACCACGUACAGAUGAAGAACAGGAAAUAGUUGAUUAUAAAAAUGCAAUGGAAGAAGCAACAAGAAAUACAAUAACAUCAGUAAAACCAAAUUCAGGACAAAUAAUUUCAUAUGAAACAAUGGGAGAUGGAGAAAAAGAUUAUUUGAAUUUGGGACCAAACUUUGAUAAAUUAGUAGUAGAAAAAGGAACGAUAUACAUGUCACCAGAAAGUUACCAGGAAGAAGUAGAUGCAGGUAAAGAUAUGUCAGCAUUUGUAGAAGAUAUAGAUAAAGAAACAGGUAGAGCAAUAUAUAAAGCAACAAUUGAAGAUCCUUUAGAAAUUCAAGUAGCAAAGGAUGGAGAAAUGGUGAAAACAUUAAUAGGAAGAAAUCCUAAUGAAGUAAUUGAUCUUUCAAAAGCAUCAAGUAUAGAAAUAGAAAAGGGAGAAUCAAGAGGAACACCAUGGGGAACAUAUGCAACAGAUUUUAAGAAACCAGUAGUGACAACACCUGAGAAAGUAACACCACCAUCAUUUCAAACACUAACCAAUGAAGAAAUGGAAGAAAUUAGAGAUGUAGCACAAAAGGAAAGUGAUGAUAGUCAAACCACAGUAACUAAGUCAUUGUCUACAGAUGGAUCAGAAGUUGUUAGAACAAAAGCACCGUUUGGAAUUUCACAAAUUUUAACACCAGAAGAAGCUAAAGAACAAAUAGGAGAAAGUCGUUUAGAUAAAGAAAUUACAGAAACAAAAGAUUUUGAAUUUGAUGUAGCAAGGAGAGAGAAAAUAACUAGUACUGAUCCUAAGGAAAUAUAUGAACAAGAAGUAAUUUCAAAUGUUAUAAGUGAGCAAGAAAAAGAGAAGGAGAAAGAGAAAGAAGAAAAUGCUAUACAAAAAGAGAUGUCAGAUGUUGAAACUACCACAACUACAACAACAAUUGAAGGGGGGGGUGGAUCAGGUUUAACAUCAGGUGGUGGUUCAAGUACAACAGGUGGAGGUAGUUCAAGUGAAACAACUACCACUAUAAUUGGUGGUGGAGGUGAACCAGGUACAAAAACUGGAGAUGGUUCUUCAAGUACAACAACAACUACUACAAUUACAUUUGGAAGUGGCCCAGAUGCUCCUAAGAAAUCUACUGUAGGAUUUUCAGAUACUAGUCCAAUAACAAAUCAUGAAAUUCCAUUAUUGAAGGAUGUUAAAGAAAAUGGUGAAUCUGAAGUGGAUCCAAGUAAUAAGCAACUUCAUCCAUCACGUGAUUAUAACGACUUCCCAAAGUUAUUAAGAGAUCAGUUACAUAAAAAUCCUGAAGAGAGAGCUCAGAGAUUGGGAAUUCCUAAAUCUACUUAUUUAAAGAAUCUUGAUGAUCUCACACCUGCUGAUAUGAGUGGAGUGGUUGAUUCGUUUACAAAACUUUCUAAUCUUAAUAAUAACGAUUCUCAAAACUGUUUGGGACUUGCUGAUAAUCUCAGUAAGUGGUAUCCUAAAAUAAAACAAGUAUUUGGGGACAAGACAAAUCCUAUGAUUAAUGAAAUGGCUAGAGCUUUCAGUGAACUUGUAAGUAAUCCUAAUCCAUUCCUUCUAAAUGAUUUUGGUGUUUAUAAUGUUGGUCUUGAUGUUGUAAGAGGUCCAGAUGGUACAAUAAUUGGUUAUAAUCCGAUCUUUAAUAGUCCAAGUGUUGGUAAUACAAUUGGUUAUGGUGGAGAACCUGCAAUGUGUUUAUUUGCAAAAUCUAUUCAAUCAACAUUUCCUACUUAUUCUUAUCCUAAUCAAGCACAGCUUAAGUAA